AAGCGCAGUGACUCACUGCCAGUGAGAGAUUUAUUGGGGAUUCGAGUGCUCGCUUGUGCCUUAUAUAUAUUAAAAUUUACAUCCUGGCGAUAAUGACAAUGCUGCCAAUAACUGAAUAUCAGAACGAUAACUGUACAUUUACAUUUUUUGCGUUUUCCUGGGAUGCCAAAGAAUAAGAUCGAAUAACAGAGAAACUAGAUUUCAUACUCGUAUUAGUGAGUCGACUGGUAAAUAAAAUACGAGUCGAUUGUUUUGCUUUUUUCACAUACGCUCUGUGUAAACUAAAGUGACGUCAAAUAUCUUGCAAUUAAUUAUGAGUUUAUACACCUCAAUAAAGCAUUUAUAUAUGCACAUAGACAUCGGUACAGGAAAUGCUUGGCAUGCAUGCUAGCAAAAGUUUUUUGACUAAAGAUUGUGAAAGUUCUGUUAAAAAGAAACAUACCAGCAAAAUAUUUUGACAAAGAUUGUGAAAGUUCUGUUGAAAACAUUUUAAAGUGAACCAAACGCAAAUACAUAUAAAAUAGGCAGAACAAAAUUGUUAAGCCAGAUGUACUAUCUUGUCGCGUACAGUUAGCAAUUAUAGCAGCCGAAAGGCUGCAACAAACAAAUUUUAUGAUCAUACUAUAAAUAACUAUAUCAAAAGCAGCAAAGCUAGCUAAAUAACCAACAUUAGGACCAGCAUCAUACACCACUCAAAAAUUAUAGCCCAUGUUUAAAAAACCGAUAUACAUUCUAGUCAAACCGAACUUCACUAUAGUGGCACUUUAUAGCUGUCAGUACACUUUUGACCACUUAGGCAAAUCAACAGUCUGUGAAUUUAAGUCUGGAAUGAAAUUCGAAAUGCAAACGAAUUUUAACAUAAAAGUUACAUAAUCAUCUUAAGCAGUGCUGCUUUUGCAGAGAUUCUAUAAAUUGGUUCUGAAAUGGUAAAAGGUAACACUGGGACACUUACAAUGCGUCUCGUCAGAAGUAAAUUUCGCAAACGCGAUGAGCCCCAUAGUGAAUCGAAUAUUAUCGAAACCAACGAGCACCACGACAAUGAAGAUCAUCAACAGCCUUCAAAGAAUUUGGAAGUUUCUGAGGCAAAGACCGCGAAAACUUUUGCUAAAGACAGCCAGCAUGUAACGUUCUUACGAACUAGCGGUGCCAAUGCAGAAGUUGUUCGACAUGCAGAUGUGGCCGAUAUUCCGGAUUGGACGUUUCCUCCGAAAGCGCCAGCUCCGCAUAUCUAUCAUAUAAACCAGGAGAUUUUGAUAGCUAACGAAAAAUUAGGAUUUAGAGGAUUUCGCAAACAAUUCAGUGGACGGUUUAAGCGCUUAGUUGCUCGAAAACUGGAACCUGCACCAGUGAUACCUCCAGAACUAAAACCGCAACUAAAAUCAAUAUAUGUCUAUUAAGAAUAAAAUAAUUUGUGUAAAUAUUUAUGCAUAUACUUAGUUUAUGUGAUAGAACUGGGGACAGCCAAGUAAUAAUUAUCUUAAACUAAAAAAAGAAAGUGUACAGAUUAACUGUUUAAUAAUAAAAUACAUACAAUUCUUUAA